AUGGAUCCCACAGAGAACAGGUACGCUCACCUGCUGCAGCCCAUCAGAGAGCUCACAAAGAACUGGGAGAUCGAUGUGGCAUCGGAGCUGAACGACUACCUGGAGGAGCUGGAUGAGAUGUGUAUAACCUUCGAUGAAGGAAAAACCAGACUGAACUUUGCAGAGGCGGCGCUGCUCAUCCAGGGUUUCACCAGCAUCUACAGCAAGAAGGUGGAGCUGCUGCACAGCCUUGUGUACCAGACCUUGGACUACAUCAGCAACAAAAACAAGAAGCAGAGCAAAGAGGCGGCAGCUGCAGCACAGGCAGGAGUUGCAGGAGGGACACUGAGCAGCCAUGACUCUGACAACGUGACGGUGUUCACUCCUCUGGACCUGGAGGCCUCAGAAAACUCUCAGAUGUCUAAUUCCAACCCGGUGGUUAGUGUGGUUCCUCUUCCUCCAGAGUCUCUAAUUCCACCAGAUGCCCAGGAGAAGCGCAAGCUGCCUUUUAUUAGUGUGAAAGGUGAGGUGGUGUGCAGCCAGAAAGAUUUCCGGGCCAACCUGUUCAUCCCUGGUGAGGAGAACCUGAUCCUGCUCACGCUCAGAUUGGCGGCAGCAUCCAGCUUUUUGUUGGAGCACCAACCUGCAGUUGGACCAGAUGUUGCUGAGGACACUGCAGAGAUCUUCGUUCCUGUGGACGACCACAUGGAGCUGGAUCUGAUCCCUGAGGAGCACAUCGAGCGGAACCAAGCUGAAACGGCUCCGAGUGCUGCUCAGGUGAUCCGGGCCCGGCGACAGGUAGAGAACCGAAGACCUCAGGAUCAGGUUUCACAGACGGUAAACCCAUGGGCACUCCACGAUAUGUACUCUACUGCUGGUGAAGAGAAACCCUUUAAACCGGGUCAGUCUGAUCAGCAGCAACAUGAAACAGAUCAGCAGCAACAUGAUGUGGUUUUUCACAGUGAUUUUUCUAGAAAGUGUUACAGCGUUCCUGACGGUUUGGAAGAUGGAGGGAAGAGGAAAAGGAAACGAGCAGUGCUCCUUCAGAACUUCAGGACCUGGUUUCGUGGAACUUUUGAUCCUCCAGAUCAAAAGUUAAGAUGUGGACCGACGUUUACAGACCUGAACUACAUUUAUCUCAAAACAUUAAAGAACAAAGUAAAAACACAGAAGAGGAUCAACAGGAAAGCGGGCGUUGUGAUGUCAGAGGAGCAGCUGAAGAACACCCUCCUGCAGCUGGAGGAGGAGCCUCUAGACGAGUUCAGACAGGCUGAUGUGUUGGGUGGAGACGACAACAUCUCAGACAAUGAAGUGUUUCCUGAAUGCAAUCCAGCUGAGUUUGUUGGAGGACCGGACUUUAUCUCGUCAGAAGCUCACAAAGAUGAUCUCCCAUAUGAAGAACUGGUGAAGCUCUGUGUGGAGCAGCUGGUGGUCAGCAGUCAGGGUUACACUCAGGAGACUGCUAUGUCCCGCAGAGUCAAAGACUGGAAGGACCAGAUUUUGCCCGAGCUGCAGCUUCAGGAGGAGCGUCUGCCACUUGACAUCCACGAAUACAGCGAGCGAAUCGUGACAGCGCUGGGCAGCGUCGGCCGUCGCAGGACCUUCGCCUCCAUCGUUUCGGGUUUUGAUCACUUCGAGGUCUGCAAGUACUUGCUGGCUUCACUGCAGCUGGCCAAUGACUACAUAGUGGAGCUCCACGCCGCUGCAGGAUUGGAGGACAGUUUGGACACCAUGUCUCUGACACUGCUCAGCACGUACAGAGCUACAGACCGAUUUAAAGCGCUGUCAACAUCCUCCUGAACGCAGCACGAGUCGUAUUAUCAUCAG